GUCCAAAGCAACACUCACUUCGGCAACGAAAUGGCACACCAGCAGCAGAGUGGCCGAAUCAGCGCGUAUUUCAGCGCUUCAAAGCCCCUUCUUCCUCUAAAAAGGCCUUCUGAUUCCUUCAUCUCUCAUUCGCACCAAAUCAAGAUUGCAAAUGAUAGAAUUAAGAUUACGAAUGAUGCUGGUUCAGUUCCAGUUGCGAAGAGAGUACCUCUUGCGGAGGUGUCGUUGAACAGGCCCAAUGCAAUAGGGGACGAGUGUGGUUCAUCAUGCGACUCAACUCACAGCAGUUUAAGUGCAAGGACAGUGACUGCUCCUUUAGUCGGCGCUGCGAAUGAGAACAUGUGUCAAUCAUAUUUCGAAACUCCGAGGAAAGAAUCUGAAGACUCUAAACUUAAACAGCUGGAUUAUUUUUCCACAAUCAGCUUCCUUGAUGAUGAUUUUGAUGAGUCUGUUUUGGAGCAAAUUGACAUUUUGUGUGAGCAGAAAUCUGCAGAGAAAGCGGCGGAGCAGCAGUUGGAACAUAGCGGUUGUGAGAAAGUUGCAAGUGAGAGUGGUGUUGUUGGUGAUGUUAAUUUGAGUUCAAGAUCUAGUAGUUCGGUUAGUGAAGGCAUAGGAAAUAGUGUUCUGUUUAGCCCUGGGGUUGAGUUAGAUCCUAAAGAAGAGCAAGUGGAUACAAGCAGGCAAAAUUUACAAAAUAGCACCAUGCCUGAGGAAUAUUUAAAGUACAUGCAAUCCCUAAAUGAUAGGCAAAGAGAAGCAGCUUGCACUGAUAUUUCGACCCCUUUAAUGAUUGUAGCUGGUCCAGGAAGUGGAAAGACAUCCACAAUGGUUGGGCGUGUAUUGAUGAUGCUCAAUGAGGGCAUUAGUCCAUCAAACAUUCUUGCAAUGACGUUUACAACAGCAGCUGCCUCUGAAAUGAGAGAACGUAUAGGAGCUAUAGCUGGGAAAGCAACAGCUAAAGAACUUACUAUCAGUACAUUUCAUUCAUUUUCCUUGCAACUGUGUCGUUCACAUGGAGAAAAGCUUGGUCGUACAUCUGAAUUCUUAAUAUAUGGACAAGGACAGCAGCGAAAUGCAAUUAUUGAGGCCAUCCGAUUAUUAGAAAAUGGAAAGAGUAGGCAUAAAGAUGAUGCAUUAUUGAUUGGUGAAUUGUCCAAUGAUCUAAAGAACCCUAAACAGUUCAAGGAUAAGGCAAAGAAAUGGCAAAAGUUUGUCACUCAGGCCAAAGCUUCAGGAAAAAUGUCUGCAGAAUAUCGUGAAAUGGGCAAUGAAAUAGGGGCUGAAAUUCUUGAGAAUUACAACAACAUAUUAGAAUCUUGUCAUGCUCUGGAUUAUCAUGACUUGAUCAGCUGUUCUGUGAAACUGCUCAUUGAUUUUCCUGAUGUUUUCAAAGAAUGUCAGGAUUCUUGGAAAGCUAUUGUUAUAGAUGAGUUCCAAGAUACUAGUGCCAUGCAAUACAAGCUUUUAAGGAUUCUUGCAUCUCAUAAAAAAAUAACAAUUGUUGGUGAUGAUGAUCAGUCCAUUUACAGUUUCAACGGAGCUGAUAUUUCUGGAUUUAUCUCCUUUCGCAAUGAUUUUCCAAACUACAAAGAGAUUAGGCUUAACAAAAACUAUCGAUCAACACGUUGCAUUGUUGAGGCUGCAUCUUCUCUUAUUCAAAAUAAUUCCAAGCGAUGUCAGCUGAAGAAUGUUCUAACUGACAACACUUCUGGAUCCAAGAUAGUUAUAAAGGAGUGUCACAGUGAGGAUGCACAAUGUGCAUUUAUUGUUGACAAGAUCUUAGAGAUUUCCUCAAAUAAUUCAUCAGCUAACAGUUAUGGCAAUAUUGCAAUUCUCUACCGUAGGCAGAUAUCGGGGAAAGCCUUCCAAAUGGCUUUCCGUGAUAGGAAAAUACCAUUUAACAUUCAUGGUGUGGCUUUUUACAGGAGAAAGAUAGUCAGAACUAUCAUCGCCAUGCUCCGAACAGCACUGCCUGGUUGUGAUGAUGGCUCAUAUAAUCGAGUUUUCAAGGCUUUACUACCUUUGGAGAAAGAUAAGAAAACAAGGAUAAUUGACCAUAUCAACAAAAUAUCAACUAUUAGAAAAUGCAGUUUCUUAUCAGCUGCUUGUGACAUCUUUAGUGCAAAGAUUUCUGGUACCUUUAAAAGGAGUGAGCUUACCCAUGGAAGGAAGGUUUUAAUGACACUAGAAAUGAUAUCAAAACUUGUUAAAAGGGAAAAAUCAAUCUCAGCUAUCAUAACUUGUGUGGCAAACAUGAUACCCGAGAAAUACCUUCUUGAACAACGGGCAAUCAUUGAUGUUGAUGGAGGGACAUUGCUGAAUGAAGACUACGACAUCCGAUCUGUUCGUCAGUACCUGUUAGAUGAUGUCUCUGAGUUUCUAUCCACUAAAUUUGUUGAGGUAAAAGGGGAAAGGGAGAUAUCAGAAGAUCAAGGCUGCAUUUUUGUUCUAAAAGCAUUUGUUGAUUAUUUAUUUGAACGUGAGAAAGAAAAUUUUCGUUCUCGGAGAAAGGACAAUGAAAAUUCUGUGACAUUAACUACCAUUCAUCAGGCUAAAGGUUUAGAGUGGGAUGUUGUGUUCAUAGUUAAGGCAAAUGAAUCUGAGAUCCCUCUAUUACAUGAUUUUAAAGGUACUGUAAAGGACUCUGCAGCCUUGGUUGAGGAAGAAAGACGUUUAUUGUAUGUUGCAAUGACUCGUGCCCGGGAGAAGCUCUUUAUUCUCUAUGUUAUGAUGGACUCAAACUGGCAGAUGCUUCAACCUUCACGAUUUCUGAAAGAAAUCCCUCAUCAUCUUAUAGAGGUUCAGGGUGAAAUAAAUUCACAAGAACUACAUAUAAAGAAAGAAUCUCUUCAAAAGGAAACUGCCCAUUGUACCACUGACAUGUUGAUAAAAGAGCAACAAUCUGAAGCAGAUACAGUCCCUAUGCCUAAUGACAUAAUCGGUGAUAGUUCUAGUGAGGCUUCCAAUGAGCUUGCAGAAUUUGAGGCAAACAAUGGCAGUAAUUUCUUAAGAAGAUUUAGCGUUGAGGACAGAUCUGUUGUUUCACAUUUAUUCCAUCAAUGGGCCAAAAAGAAAGCAUUUCAAGAUCCAAAGAGGUUGCUUGAUAAGGUUGGUUUUGUAAUUGAUGAACGCCUUAGGCAGAAGAAAAACAAGAACAAGGAUUUGUUGACUACACUAAAAUCUUGCUUAAGAUGUGACGAAGCAUUUCAGUAUGCUCUAUAUAUUUUGAGAUGGGAACAAAUUCCUGCUGAUAAACGUGCUCAUCUUAUGAGGGAAAAACAGGAACAUUUCCUAAAAUUAAGGAUUGAGAAUGCAAUGGGUUCUGCAACACCAACUGUCAAGCAGAUUUCUUAUUUGAAAAAACUAGGUUGCACCAUGACCCCUACAUCUCGUCUCCAUGCGUCUCAUCUUAUUGAGCAGUACAAAUCAUUGUAAGAAUCCAGUAGUGGGAUCUUUUGUUUCUCCUUUCCAGUCUCUAUAUUGAAUGUUUAGAGUAUUGAAGUCCAAGCUAGUUUACAAGCUUGAAUUCAAAUGUUAUAUAUAUAUGAAGCUGCUUGAAUUUUAAU